AUGGUGAAUGAAUUUGGACUUAAGAUAAGCAAGCAUGAUCUAGACACUUUGCUCCCUUCUCAAAUGCUAAAUGACCAGAUAAUGAACUUUUACGUUCAACUUUUGGCUGAACCAUCAAAGAACGUUUACAUUUUUAAUACCUUCUUCAUGGUUCAACUCCUUUCUGAAAUAUAUCAGUAUGAAGAUAUUAAGGGGUGGACAAAGAAUGUUGAUAUCUUCUACUUCCCACUUGUGCUGAUACCAAUAUAUAAAUCGACUCAUUGGACAAUGGCUGUUAUUAACAAUGAUUUGAAACAAUUGAUGUUCUACAACAGCUUAAGCCGAGAUUUAUAUGUUGAUUGUUUUGAAGUAAGUACAACAUCUGAGGCCCUGAAAAAGUACCUGAAAGAAGAGCAUCAAGAGCGGAAGGGGGUGGAGCUAGACUUCGAGCAGUGGAAUGUUAUGGGUGACUUCAUUGAUGGUCCUAUGCAGAAAAAUUGGUAUGAGUGUGGAGUGUUUGUUUUGGAGGUGGCACGGCGACUGUGCCUUGAACAGUCCUUGGAGUUCACCCAAGAAGACAUUCCUAGAAUCAGGCGCCGUAUUCGAACACAAAUUCUUAACUGUCUUCUUAUGGAUUAG